AUGCAGAUAAACGAAGAUUCGAAGGCCAUUGCAGACGCUGAGGCUGCGCCUGUUCCAGCUUAUCCAGCGAUGCCCACUGGCGCGCAUGCAGUGGAUCUUGAUAACCUUCCUCAUGGCUACUAUCGAAGCAAAAAUUUCAUCGGCUCGCUGAUUGCCGUCUGUCUAAUGGCAGACAGUCUGUAUCUCGGCUAUGUUUUACCGGUCAACAGCCUGGCCAGGAUCAAUGCCGAUUUAGGGCCGAACACAAACUACAGCAUGAUCUCGACCGUCUCUACUCUCCUUGCCGGUGUUGGUAUCCUUCCAGUUGGACGUCUCGGCGAUAUCUUCGGUCGCCGAUAUUUCUUGAUUGGUGGUCAGCUAUUGGCUCUUAUUGGGUCUAUCAUCUGCUGCACUGCUAAAAAUAUUCCCACUGUGAUCGGUGGUAGUGUUUUCGUUGGUCUAUCGGCCUCUGUUCAGCUCACCUUCACCUUCGUGAUUGCGGAAUUGGUUCCCAACAAAUUGCGCCCACUCGUCAAUGCUGGAAUCUUUGUCAUAACCCUUCCUUUCGGUGCAUUCGGGGGUCUCAUUGCCCAGCUCUUGAUCAAAAACACAGCUCAGGAGUGGCGAUGGGAUUAUUACUUGAAUAUCAUUACCUGCGGACUGUCCCUGAUUCUCUUCGUUUUCUGCUACUUCCCUCCCGGCUGGGAGGCGAAGCAUAAGGGACAGACCUCCCGCCUGGAUGAAUUGAAGUCUUUUGACUAUCUUGGAUUUGUUCUUUAUGCCGGUGGCCUGAUUCUGAUCUUGUUGGGGCUUUCCUGGGGAGGUAAUUCAUACGCCUGGAGCUCAGCACAUGUAGUCGGUGUCCUUGUUGUGGGUUUCAUCGCGCUGGCCGUUUUUGUGAUUUACGAAAUAUUCGUUCCCCUCUCGCAGCCCCUACUCCCAAUGUCGCUGCUCAAGAACCGUGGGUACAGUGCGACCGUUUGCUCUGCGCUUGUUGGUAAUAUGGUCUAUUUCUCCAUGAGUCUCCUAUGGCCAGAAGCUAUUGCUCUUUUGUUCACGACAGAGACAAUUGAGGCCGGCUGGUUGUCGAUUUCCACUGGUACUGGAGUUAUUCUGGGCGAGAUUGCUGGGGGAGCUCUUAUGAAAACCAUUGGGCACACCAAGCUCCAGCUCAUUGUGACGACAAUCCUCAUUACGGCAUUUUCUGGAGCCUUAGCUGCUAUCAACCAGCACAGACAAGCCUACGGCAUUGCUUUUACUGCGAUUGGUGGUUUCGCUGUCGGAUACCUGGAACUCAUCACGCUUAUCAUGUGUCCGUUGUAUUGCAAGCCCGAAGAUAUCGGUUUGGCUAGCGGCUUCCUCGGCUCCGCUAAGCAGGUCAUGGGAACAAUCGCUACUGUUAUCUACAUUGCAAUUCUCAACAACCGCGUCGCUGCCACUCUGCCCUCCGAGGUCUCCAAGGCCGCGCUGAAUGCUGGCCUUCCAAAAUCCUCUCUGGCGAGUCUCUUCGAGGCGCUUUCCGAAGGGACUAGCAUGGAGAAGAUUACCGGGAUUACGGAAAAGAUCAUGCUCGCUGUGGCCGACGCCGCCAAAACUGCAUACUCGGAGUCUUUCCGCACUGUCUUCCUUGUCAGCAUUACCUUCGGUGCCCUUUCCCUCAUCGCUGCACUGGGAUCAGUUUCAGUUGACGACAAGCUUGACAACGUCGUCGCUGCUAAGCUCUCGGGCGCUGGUGCGAGCCAGGAAGAAAUCCAUGAAGAGAAGAUCUGA